CGAAGGGACAAAACAAGCCUACCUCAGUGGAGCCAUUAAUGAACAGAAGAUCACCAUCUCUGGAUCAGGUUCUGUCAGUAACAAAGUGAAAUACAGUAUGACAAUUGAAACUCCCUAUGAAAAUUACAGGGAAGUAAAAGUGCAACUUAAUUAUGCAAAAAGAAAGAACACAAUGAAAUUGGAAGCCUCUUCAUCCUCUUCUGAUUUCCAUCUUCUGUGGUCAUACUCAGGAUCAGGCCUUGAAGCUCACCUUAUUGUACCUAAUUCACAGCAGAACACUGAAAUCUCCAUGAACAUCGCCCCUACUCAAGGAAAAAUAACCAUAACAUCACGAUUUGAACUUAUCAAGGGACUACCUCCAGGAAUACCAUGUUAAUCUUGAUCAGUAUGUUAUCACUGCUGACCAUAUUAUCAAGCUGAAUGGUCAUGAGGUUUUCAAGAUGGAAUUUGAGAGGAAUGCUCCUGAACAGAAGGGACACCUAGAAAUUCACAUUCAUGUUGCAGAACGCCACACAACCAUCCACUUCCAUCGUGAGGGCUUUAGCAAGCUUAAUUUCCUGUUUAAACGUGAGGUACCCCAGUAUGGUGAAAAACACUUCAAGGUUGACAUAACUGGAUCAGGAGCAUUGCCAGAAAAGGGUGCACUUGAGCUAGGACCAUCAAUGCACGUGUUGAAGUAGACCGGACUAGUUCCCAAAAGAAAAUUAAGUUAGAGGUUUCUCCUAGACGCAGUAGAUUAUAUACAUUUAACCUUGAAUAUAAUGCAGACCUUCAAAGCCCACAGCAUGGAGACUUCACAUUGGGAAUCACAACUCCUAACCAUUCUACUUCUCCAUGGAAAAAUAUAUCUGGAAAUUGGAAUGUUGAAAAUCCAAAUGAUGCCACAAUAACCUUCACAAUCGGUGAUAUCACUUAUAAUGCUAAAGGAAAACUUACUCUUCAGGAAUCCACCAUGAUACUCUCUUCAACAAGUCCAUCAGCUGAGAACAUUUACCUCCAGUGGAAAUUUGAACGAGAUGGCAGCACUAGAGAUUACUUCCUUAAGCUUGGCCGUGAGUCCAAAUAUGGAAUGCUGAAGCUGAAGGGAACAAUUAUUGAUAUUGCUCAUGUGGAUAUUGAAGGAGGCCUCAAGGCUGGACCAUUCAUGCCAAAUGAGUUCCUGUUUACCUCUAUGUGGGACAAGUCUAAUGGUGCAGUCACUGGAGAAGGUACAUUUGAUUAUGGAAGCUAUCAUGGCUCCCACCGUCUGGUAAAGUUUGAACGAAAUGCAGAAAGGAAAUCGGCAUCCUUUGAAUGGUCAGCAACUUCAAAUAUUCCCCAGUACAACUCUGUUUCGGUUUCAGGAAAUUAUGACUUUGAUCACAAAGUUGUUAUCUUUGUCCUCAUAAAUGCUGAUGGUAGAGAAUCUAAAAUUGAUGUUAACAUUGCUGAUAUCAACCCCACAAUAUCUCGUAAUACAGCAAUGAUUUCUAUCCCACUCCUAGGAUCUACAUUUGAAAGAACAGAACUCACUGUCAGUCAUGACUUUAGCCAUCCAAACCGAAAAUCUAUCUCAGCUGUUGCAAAGUUUGGUCGUUCAGAAUCCUUCAUUAAUGCCAAGUGGAACCGAAGUGAUGGUUUUGAAACCCUUGAAGGAAAAAUAGAGGCCAAAUCUAGAUUCCUUGGAGAUAUUCUAAUCAACGUCAGGUAUAACAUGUCCAAUAUUGCAGAUGCUUAUGCUGAAGUUGACUAUUCAAGAACGACAACAGAUGGUGACAAAAAGGAAUUCAAACUAAACUGGACUAGGAAAUCUACUGAUGACCAUCUUGAAAAUGAAAUGAUCUUUGACUCCAACUUUGAGACCCUGUCACAUGCACGUGCAUAUGCCAAUGCUGAGUAUGGUAACAAUUUCAAAUUGUUAUCUGGGCUGGAUUGGAAUGAUAAGAAAAUUAACCUUACCCUUGAAGUUCGCAAAAAUAAGAUUUCAGGAAAGCUUACCACACCAUUUGAAGGAUUUGAAACAAUAGAGGUAGACCUGCAGUAUAAGCUUACUGGUAAGGACAAGUCAGUUAAAGCAACAUAUCAACGGGGAGAAAGGAAGGCUAGCCUCAAUAUGGAGUUGAGCAUGAAGGGUAAAAAAGGUUCCUUUAAUGUUGAUCUUAGUACACCUUUUGAAGUGGUGAAAAACCUUCAUAUUGAUGGUCAGUAUGAAAAUAAAGUGGCUCAAGUUAAUUACCAAAGAAACGAUAUUCACAUGAACUUCAAUGGAAAGGCUAACAUCAAGUCAAGUAAAGCUUCCUUUGACAUUUCAUUCACACCUCCCAGCGGACAAAAUAUCAGGAUAGCUGCUUCAUAUGAUGUACAGGACUUCAUUGCUGGUACAGGAACUGAGGAGAAGGAACUAGCUAGUCUUUCACUUGAAUUUGAAGGUAACUCAUUGGACUUCAGCCUUCAUGGCUUCCGCAAUGAUGACAGACUCUAUGUGAUGAUUCAUGGGUCUUCCUCCUUUGCAGUGCUCAAGAUGUUCCAUCUCAAAUUAGAUUCUGAACUGAAUACUCAGGCAAGGGAUGGCACUUUUGAACUCACUUUCAAUGAUUUUAAAUUCAAUGUAAGCAAUCACUUUGAAAGACGAGAAGACAAUGGUUAUUACUUUAGAAGCAAGAUUGAGUCGACACUCACUCCACUCCCAGCACUGAUCAUUGGUCUUGGGCGUGAAGGUGAAGAACGUAUCAUAACCGUUGGUUAUGGAGAGGACAAAGAGAUUACUUUCUCUAUAAAAGGUAAGAACAACUUCCUUUCUGGAUUUUCGGGCAAGGUUGACAUUCCCUCCCUAAAUUAUGAAGGAGUGGAAUAUGAUGUGGAUUACAGCUUCCCAGGUGAUAAUCACCUCCAGAUUCAUGUCGAGAUUGACUUAAACGAAAACGAGCAAGAAGUGGAGGCAACAUUCUUCCUGGAUUCAGAAGGUAUCAAGGCUCGCCUGUCAUCCACUGUACUGGGUGACCAUUCCUUGCGUGUUCGUCGAUCAGUGUCCCCUGAUGGCUUUUAUGCUGAAGCUGGUCUUGAUGAUUACAGCCUGAAAUUGCGAGGAGGCUUCAAGAACGAAGAUACCGCACGGGGUGUACUACUGGAAGGAGAAGUAUUUGGUAAUAGAUUCCUUGUUGACACCUUAUUCCAGUGUGAAGGAAAGCGAUAUUCUGAGGGUAAACUUAUCAUCCACACUCCAUUCCCUGGCAUGGAAAAGAUGGGUGGCCUAUUCACAUGGUCUAAUGCAAACAAGAAAAUCAUGGCCCAUGCUGAACUACAUCUUCCUUCUUAUAUAACACCUACAAUUACUGGUGAGAUUAGCCUAGACCUUAAAAAGAAGAUCAAUGGUUAUGUCACGCUUGACGUAGCUGGAGAGGAAUUCACCCUGAAGUGCAAUCUUGCUGGUUCUUCCAUUUCUCAAGGUUAUACAGGUUCACUUGAAUUCUAUACUCCAUUCCAUGCUGUAUCACAUGUUAUGUUGACAGGCGACAUAAAAAUGCAGGCAUUGUCCUUCCUUGACAUGGAAGUAAAAAUUGAAGCACCUUUUGCCACACAUGACCUUAAACUGAAAUACCAGCUUAGUGCUGACAAAGUCUCUGGGGAAGCUUUCCUUGAGUCAACAAGGUUGUAUAACACCAUUCAGCUAAGCCUUAAUCUUGAGGGCCUCAGCACUGGAAAUGUAGAGGUUGACUUGACUGUCAAUGACAACAAGAUUAAUGCACAUUACAUUUUGGCUCAAUCCACCUUCAAAUUCGACGUGACAACCGUUAUUUUUAGCAAGGAACGCCAGUUCUCCAUUGAAGCUAAGUAUCCAUCUCUGGAGAGCCUCGAGGGUGUAGUUGCUGUUACUCUGGAAGGUGAAAAGCACAUGGUUAGUGGAAGCCUGAACAUCGUUAACAAUCGUAUCCAAGGAGCCCUGGAUUUGGAAUCUGACCUUAUUCAGCGGCCACAGAAACUGAUGUUCGACGUUUCCAAGCCAAGUACUUCCUAUAAACAAGCCUCAUUUAAAAUCAUUUUCACUAGCAGUGACCCUCAUUCCUUCUACCUGGAUUUGGAUCUAAGAAGUGGGCUUGAAGCUACUGUAAAGAUUGAUACACCCGUUUUUCCAAAAGUUACCACUACCCUGCAAGUAACCCCUGCUGUUGCUGGAAUCACCGUCGAGACCCCCAAAGGAACACACAAGAUUCAGGUUAGCUGGCGCCAGACUCGUAGAAUGCCAUCUGACUGGAUUGCUUCCCUAGAGCUGAUCUCUCCAUUGCUGCCUGAGAACUACCUCUUCAGUGUUAACCUUGGAAGUAAACACAUCAUGGCUGAGCUGCAGACAGGGAGCAUAAAGCACAAUCUUGAAGCCAGAACCUCAAUGUCUAACUAUGGUGGUGAUUUGUCUCUCAUGAUUGACACACCCUUUAAGAAUAUCAAUAAAGUUAUGUUUGAUGCCUCACUCAACUUCCAGAACAAUGUUGAACUGUAUAUCACAGCCAAGUUUGCCAACACAGUCAAUUCCUUCCGGUUCAAUUUGGAUAAGGAAAACAGGAAGCUAAUUAGCAUUGUGGAAUCUCCAUACAUUCCAACGGGAAUGGCUGAAGCUGAAGCUAUGCUCGCUGGAAAUACAAAUGAGAACAUGCAAAUGAAGAUGACUUUGAAGAAUGCUGAAGAUACCAUCUCUGGAAUCCUCAAUAUUAAGAUCAAGUCUUCACAGAAUAUCAAUACCAACCUCAAGAUUAUUACGCCAUUCAAGGGUUACAAGAAGAUGAAUUUCGGUGCCCGCUACCUUAAAGAUGAGGUGACCAACAUUUCCGUGUUUGCUGACAAGCCUCUGAAGUUUAAGGCAGAUCUUCAGUUUGGAAACACCGAGGAUGCCGUGGCAACCAACUUGGUUGUUGAAACUCCCAUUGAAGACUUCGAGAGGAUCGAGGCUGAAAUGAAGGUUCCCCUGUACAGGUUUGCUCCGAAGGUGAUGCUGACUCUCCCUCACAACCGUUACGGAUUUACUGCAGAUUACGGCAGUGACUCUUUCUCUCAGAAGUUAUCUGCUGGCGUGACGGUGAACGAGGAAUCAUAUGACGGAUACUACUCUCUGAGGACAAAGGCGCCCUACGAACUGGCUUAUGGCUACAACUUAGCUCACUUGGCAAGCACACGAUUCCAUCUUAGAACCGACUCGUCAUUCUUCUCUGUGUUUGCAUAAAUUCAGUGUGAUUUGCUUGAGGACACCGAUAUGUAUUUAUGCGUAAUUUACUAACUACAUUAACGGCAUCUAGUCAGAUCGAAACACUUCAUUAUGCUAUAUGACAUGAACAAAACCAUUCCAGUUAAUAUUAAAUAGUUAUCAAGGAUAUGAAAUUGUGCCUAAACUCAUCAAUUUUGACAAGUUUACCUUUUAUGUAUAUAGAUAAUCAUGAUUGUGACAUGUAGUACAUUAAAAAUUUUUUUAAACAAAAUA